CGGGAACAAAGUUCUGAUCCCAUAUUAAAUUAGCUUAGGUUGCUGAUUUAGCACAAAGACAACAACUGAAAAUGCUGAAAGAAAUGCAACAGGUGCUGCGUUUGAUCAUGCUAAUGGGAAAGCAAAGGCAAAAGCUGGGCUUAAGGACAGGAGGAGGGCUUUUGUUGCUUUUGUGGACUGACACCGAAGUUUCUACACAAAAGCUGAACUGCACUGUUAAUUGCACAGUUGCAGCGGCUGGCCCCUGGUGUGCAGGGAUUCAAAUGGAAGCCCUCCAACCUGCCCUUGUCCAUUUGAAAGAGAGCAUGUGUCCCUGUGUGUGGCCAUGUAAUGAGCCUGACCCUGAGGAGCUGAGUGCCUUCACAGAUCUGUAUGGUUCCCUCAGAUUGCUUCUAUCUUUUCAGGUAAAAGACACAAGACACUGCACUUCAGAGUGGCAAGCCCAUCUAGAGGCAUUCCUGCGCACAUUCACUUUGGCUAAUGCCGGGAUACAAAUCCACCUCAAACUCAAAAUCAACCAGGAGGCCUCGCUGCAGGAAUUUAGUGUCAAGGUCAAGAGAAGAGUUGCACUGGCAGACCAACUGUUACUGACCCUGGACGUCACCUGUUCUGUACCGCCUCCGUGCUGUGUGAAGAAAGGGUGCUGGUGUGUGAGAGGACACCCUGCUAUAGGAGGCAGGGUGCCACUCAGCAUCCCACCACAAACCAUGGAGCAGGGCCUCUUUGGGGAUCUGAGUGUUCAGGUGGUUACACUCCUGACCCCCUGUCUGCUGCCAUAUCCCAAUGUGGCAACAGAACUUACUCACAUACAAGUGUUGGUAUACAACCCCAGUAACAUUCCUGUCACUGGGCCCUCUGGCUUCUUUCAAAAACUUCCUGCUGUUCUGGACUGUCAAGAGCUGGGACUAUAUAGACUUUACUGCUCUUCUUUCAAAGAUCUUGUGUAUAGCGGCGGUACUGUGUACACAGUAGAGAAAGACAGCUGGGAUGAUCCAGAGCAGGAAUCAAGUCUUCCCACAGUGCAGCAGAGUCUCCUGCUUUUCUUCUUCUUACAGCAUAGUGACCCCUUCACCUCCCAGCUCACUGAUCUUAUGGCCACCGAGAUGUUGAUAGAGCUCCACCUGGAGGACAUUCUGAACAACAACAGGCAGGCCCUCGUAGCAGACGUGCAGACUGAGCUGAGGAACACACUGAAAUCACAAAAUCACAGAAAAAAGCAACAAGAGAAGCUGCAUGCAGCUGCUGAGGUGAUUCUCGGUUCGUCCAUGAGUAUCGUGAGCAGCAGCAGUAGCAUGGACUUCAGAAAUGCCUGUCUGAACCGCAUGAAGGUUUGUGUUUGUCAGGUACAUGACACACAUGAGUUGGCAGCCUCGCUCCGUGAAUCACUGUGGAGAGUGACAUCGUGGAAAUUCGUUCCCAAGGCAAAGUGCUUUUCUACUAAGAUGGAAGUACAUCCUGAAAACGAUGAGCCCACCACAGCAGAAAUCUGAGAAUCUCUGUGUUUAUCUUAAGAGUUCUGUUAUGGUUAAAGGCUGCGGAGGCAGCAGAAGAAGGGUUUGAAUGUGUUUAAAAAAUUUAAAGUGCUGCCAAAAGCAACAUCUGUUUAACCCAUAAUUUAUAAGUACAGUUGUUGUUAUAACUUGGUUGCACUGGUUUAUUUUUGUAAUAAUAUUCCAAAUUGAUCUCAGUUUUUUUCUUAUCAAUGGUUAUACCCAUAGAAAAAUGUCUGUACCAUAUAUCUAUUUAGGAUGUGAGGUGAAAGAGCCUCUCUUUUUACCUACAUCACCAUGGUAACCUGGAAAAAAAGCCGUAAAAUCAGAGGCAGUGAUACCUUUGUAUUCGUCACAGAUAGCCAGAAGAAUGCCCAUGAGAUCUUUGAUGAGUAUCUGUUGUUGAGAUAUCUCCCUAAACUGACAAGACUGAACCCUGAAAUAGCCCCAGUUCAGAUACUCUUCCGUGAAACAUUGGCAUUCAUCACCAAGAACUGUGCAAUCAAUACAAUCAAUUUCACUUUGAUCUGGUGGCAAACAAAAGUGAUUUUCACAUCUUUUGGCUAUGCGCCAGUACGUUUGAAUAUUUAAAAUUUGUAAAAUGUAAAGUUUCAGAGCUCUAACAUGCAUCCAUCCUAUUAGAAAUAAACAACAGCAUUAAAAUAAUUAACUUGAGUUCAAAUGUUUAUUUUACCA